AUGGCAUCGAAAUCAGAGACAUGGAAGAAAAGAGAGGAUUGGAGAAAACAAAAGGAGUUGGAGGAGGCUAGAAAAGCUGGUACCGCUCCGGCAGAGCUCGAUGAAGACGGAAAGGAAAUCAAUCCUCACAUUCCUCAGUAUAUUACAAAGGCGCCUUGGUACGUCGAUACCAAUAAGCCGUCGUUGAAACAUCAGCGUGCAUUCAAUAAGAAGACCGACUACGACAAGCAGUGGUAUGAUCGCGGUGUCUACGCUGCACCGGCUGCCACCAAAUUCAGAAAGGGUGCGUGUACCAAUUGCGGUGCGAUGACUCACCAAGCCAAAGACUGCUGCGAACGUCCGCGAAAAGUGGGUGCGCGCUACACCAACCAAGACAUCAGACCGGACGAAGUGAUCCAGUCGCUACAGCUCGACUACGACAGUAAGCGCGACCCCUACAAUGGCUACGACCCAGAGUCAUACCAAGAUGUCAUGGCUGUCUACGAGAAGGCAGAAGCUGCCAGAAAGAAGAAACGUCUACAAGAGAUUAUGAAAGAACAGAAUUUAAAGGAAGGAGAGUUGAAUGAAGAGGAACUGUUGAAACAAGAGGAAGAUCAAACAUUUGAUAAUGAAGAUGCAGCGUUGAUUCAAAAGAUGGAUCCAAAGUCGAGAACAACCGUGAGAAAUCUCAGAAUUCGUGAGGAUACAGCAAAGUAUUUGUAUAAUUUGGAUUUGGAUUCGGCGCAUUACGAACCAAAGUCGCGUUCCAUGAGACAGAACCCACUGCCUGCCGCCAACAUUACGGAUAUUCCGUUUGCCGGUGACAACUUUACGAGAAACACCGGUGAGACUAAAGAGUUCAAACAGAUGCAGAUGUUCAGUUGGGAGGCAUCCGAUAAGGGUCAAGAUGUAGACUUGUCGGCGGCACCCUCACAAGCGGCGAUCCUGCAUCAGGAGUUCUUGAAGAAGAAAGAGCAGCUGAAGAACAAGACGAAAGAGUUGAUUUUGAACAAGUAUGGUGGUGAAGAAUCACUUCGGAAUCCAGAGAAUGGCGGCAGUGGUGCUGUCGACAUUGUUCCACAGACAGAGAUCUAUCAGGAGUACUCUGCUUCGGGUAAACUCAUCAAGGGUGAAGAGAAGUUGACAAAGAGUAAAUAUGAAGAGGAUGUAUAUAUUAAUAAUCACACUGCCGUUUGGGGAUCAUACUGGGAGAACGGUGUCUGGGGAUUCCAAUGUUGUAAACAAACUAUCAAAAUGUCAUACUGUACAGGCGAAGCUGGAAGAAAACUUAAAGAACAACCUACAAUACCAAUUUCAAAGAAAUACGAAGAUAAAGAUAAACAAGAAGAAGAAGAAGAAGAAAAAGAAACAGUUAAAGAUGAUAAAGAAGAAAGAAAUAAUAGUAAUAAUAGUAGUAGUAAACAAGAGAAACUAAACAAAUCGACAUCGACAGACGAAAGAAAGAGAGACUACAACUCAUUGUCAAGCGAAGGUUUUAAUGUAACAGAGGAAGAGAUGGAAGCAUACAAUCUAAAGAGAUUGAGAGCUGACGAUCCAAUGGCUAAUUUUAAAGAUAACGAUGAUUGA